AUGCCAUCAGAAACAUCAGGCGUGCAGAACCCAAUACAAAAACAUGUAUUUCGUCGGCCAUUGUUCCAAGUUUCCCGGGAAUUUCCCACCAGUCAAACACAAUUGAAAACUUUACCUGAUUUGAUUGAUUUCAACUACGAACACAAUGCGGAACGUCUCUUCGCUAUACAAGAAAUGCGCAGUGCAGGAAAGCCUCCAUUCUCAACCUCAAUCACCUUUAAAGAUUUGAAGAAGGCGGUUAUUGCAUGCACCGACUUAUUGAAUAACUCACACCGCGAUGCCGAAGAGAAGAUCAUCAGCACUGGGCCAGAAUUGCAAUCACAAAAAAAGCCUGUCGCUCUUUUCAUGGAAAGUGAUGUGACGCUCUUUGUUUAUCUAGCAGCUUUACUGUACCUUGACGUACCGGUAAUGCUCCUGUCAAUCCGGCUGGGUCCCAUUGCUAUCAGACAUCUACUUAAGUCUACAGCUGUACGAGCUAUUAUCGUUUCCAGUAACACGAAGGACUCAUUGACACGGAGUCUUCCCACGGAUGAGGAAAUCGAAAUUCAGAUAGCCACUCCUUACCAAGAUUUGUUAGAUACAGCAGAUGGCAAAGCGAUUGAUUCAUUUAAAGGACCCUUGCAUACUCAAGAUCAGCUCGGCGCCAUCAUCUUACAUUCUUCUGGAACUACAGGUUUGCCAAAACCAAUUCCCCUUUCACAUCGAUAUAUGCUAGCCUAUGCUGCAUGCCAUCUUCUCGAACCGAAGCAGUGUGAAAACCGUCUGAACGUGUCGACACUUCCUUUAUAUCAUGGUUUUGGUUUUCUUGCUCCUUGUAUCAGUCUUUCCACCGGCUUGACUUGUUGUUUUCCGUCUAGUGGUGUUAUUCCUUCUGCAACAUCUGUGGUGGAGUUCAUCAAAUAUUGCAAGGCAAGUUCCCUAAUGACUGUUCCCACAAUAUUGGAGGAAAUCGUUGCCGAUAAAGAUUAUCUGGAAUCGUUGAAGGGAUUGGACUUUGUGGCCGUAGGAGGGGGGGCGAUCAAACAGGUGACUGGUGAGAUUUUGGUUUCAAAUGGGGCCAAGCUUUUGAAUCACUACGGAGCAACAGAGCUCGGCCCAAUCGCUCCUAUAUUCUGUCCAGAAGACGAUUAUGACUGGAAAUAUCUUCGUCUACGCAAUGAUAUGGAGUUUGAGCUACGAGAGGUUUCUCAAAACGGAAACAGUGGACAGACUCUCUACCAACUGGUUGGGUAUCCUUUCGGGCAAAAUGAAUGUUUUGUGGUACAGGACUUCCUAGAGCGACGUCCUGGAACUGAAAAACUGGAAGUCAGGAUUCUAGGGCGAGGUGAUGAUACCAUUGUUCUCUCUAUUGGGGAAAAAGUUCUUCCCAGCCGUCUGGAAGACAGUCUCUUGGCUUGUGGUCUCGCAAAGGCAGUUGUUAUGUUUGGACAAUACCGCUCGGAAGUGGGAGUUAUCGUGGAUCCCUUGAAUUCGAUCGAAGAGAAUGAUAGAUCUGCUUUUAUUGACGCUAUCUGGGGUUUUAUACAGCAGACAAACCCUUUAUUAGAUCGGCAUGCUCGUGUAUCUUCAAAAAGCAUGAUAAUAAUCAAACCUUCCAACAAAGAAUUUCCGAGAUCAGAUAAAGGGUCGAUUAUGCGGAAACAGACCUUCGAAUUAUUCGAAAAAGAAAUCAGUGACGCCUACGCAACUACUGAGACUUCGACAGAGCGCCGUAUCCUUUCAACAGAACGGACUAGACUCCACCUCGAUCUUAGAAAACUCAUUCAAGAAUGCGUGCAAGACCGCAUACCAGAUGUCUCUGAAUGGGCCGAUGACGAUGAUUUAUACACCAAAGGAAUGGACUCUCUGGAAACAACUCGACUUGCUCGUAUACUAAAUUGCGUCUCGAAUCAGUAUGCUUUUCCGGGUAUUGGCAAUGGCGCAGUGAAGCCUGGAUUGAUAUAUCAGCAUCCCACAAUCCGAGCACUAGCAGACGUUUUGUUGAGUGGAGUCAAUUCAGACAGAAUGGAUGAAGAGAAUCGAGUAAUAGACCUGAUGAAUGAGCUAAGGUCUCAAUUCUCGCCUUUUGCUGACGUAGAGUCAAAAAGACAUACACGCUGGACGAUACUUCUUACCGGUUCCACUGGCCACCUAGGAACAUAUCUUCUUCAGCAACUAUUACGACAUCCACAAGUCGAUAAAAUUAUCUGCCUCAUUCGUUCUCGACAAGUGAAUCUUUCAUCCACAUCUUCAACGGUUACAGCCAAGGAACUUCAUGCUCGUCAACUAGAAGCCAAUUUAAAACGCGGGAUAUCGCUUGAUAAGAAUUCCUGGAACAAAAUCCAGUUUCUGCCAGCAAACAAUAUGGACGAGGAGAAUCUUGGACUCACCCAGUCGGAAUACAACCAAGUCCAAAAUACAGUGACUCAUAUCAUUCAUAAUGCUUGGCCAAUGGACUUUCAGCAAGCAUUAACGUCAUUCAAGUCUCAAAUCAAAGCGCUGCGAAACCUAAUUGACUUUGCAGCAGACUGCCACAAUGCCCAGAAAUUAUCAUCUUUCACAAACACAAGGUUGCUUUUCGUCUCAUCCAUUGCUGUCUGCGCACAAUACAGCUUACAGAAGACAGUCCCAGAAGCUCCGAUUUCUGACCCCAAUAUUCCCGCUAGCUUCGGCUACCCACAAGCCAAAUGGGUUUGUGAAAAUAUUCUCGCAGACGCAGUGGAAUGCUACAAAGAUAGUGUCAAGCCUAUCAUUUUGCGCCUGGGGCAAGUCGUAGGCUCAACCGACACAGGUGUAUGGAACCCUAAUGAACAUUUUCCCGCAAUUCUAAAAGCAUCACAAUCAGUGGGCACACUUCCGGACCUUACAGGGACAUACUCUUGGAUUCCUGUCGAUGUCGCCGCAAAAAGCCUUUUGGAAAUAUUAUUCUCAGAUCAAGUGUCCAUGGAUUCUAAAAUCGUAUAUCAUGUCGAAAAUCCGAUACGCCAACCGUGGAAGUCCCUUCUCCCAGCUCUUGCUGUUAAACUAAAUUUGAAGAAUCGAACACCUUUACCAUUUGAUGUUUGGUUGGACAAAAUCUCCGAGGCUCAGAAUAACGCUGAGGAGAUGGAAAGCCUCCGUCAUCUUAAGCAGUUCAUUCAGUCAGACUUUCGAAAACUUUCAGGAGAGCUAAUACUUGAUACUACUCGUGCCCGCCAGAUAUCACGCUCAUUGCGCACGACUAAUGGCAUUACGCUUGAUUUAUUAGAUAAAUAUAUUGCUUACUGGCGGAAAUGCGGACAGUUAUCCUAA